AUGGGUUUAGCAGUUUUGCGGUUUGGCAACAACUUCUUAGACAAAUACCAAUCAAAGCAUCCAUCCGAGUCUCCAAACCCUUUGCUGAUCAUCGUCGUCAUCAUGAACAUGUCUCAAGCCCUUAAGAUUGUCAUCCCACCUCCUGUUUUCUCCCUUCUGACUUUCAUUGGUACCAUAAUUUUUGUUUAUGUCUGCAUCAUAGCAUUCUCAAUCAUGCUUUCCCUUCUCGUCAUUGCCCUCUUUUACGUCGUCUGCGAGUUUGUUUGGGCGCCGUUAUACGAGAGAAGAAAUCGGGAUCCCGAGGCAGGGGAUGAAAGGUUGUCGUUUCAGCCAAACCGCGAAGAAUGGCAUGACCAAGCCACAUUUUAUCAGGCAGCUGUCCUUCAUAAUCUUAGGGUUUUGGAAAUCUUGGACUCAAUUGUUGAGGCGUUGGAGGAAAGAAGAGACCAAAGGCACCAGCGGGAUAGGGAACAACUGUUGGAGAUCAAACUGCCACCUCCCAUAGCUUAUGGAAGCCAUGAAAUUGAAAUGAAUUGCAAGGAUUGUGUUAUUUGCAUGGAGGACUUUGAGACUGACCAAUUGUGCCAACAAUUACUGGAGUUAGGAGAGGCCCCGACCACUUUGGUAGCAGGGCAACAAAGUUUGGUGGUUCGGGCAAGUUUCGAUGUUACUCAAGUGAGACGAUGGAGGUCGAAGCACUUCGUGUAUGCUUUCUUUAGCCGGGGUGGACAUCUCGCGGUGCUUGAAUGUGAUGCGAAGGGUUUUAAUUGCGGAUUUGCAAGGGACUUGUGUCUUAAGUGA